AUGACCAUUGAAAUGCAUCCUCACAGUCUUCUUUCUGGCUGUAAUCUAACUGGCCAGGACUGUGAAAGUGUGUCAUCAGCUCUACAAUCCUCAAACUCUGCCCUGAGGGAGCUGGAUCUGAGUAACAAUGACCUGCAGGAUUCAGGAGUGAAGCUGCUCUCUGAUGGACUGAAGAGUCCAAACUGUCAGUUGGAGAUACUGAGGUUAUCAGGCUGUAUGGUGACAGAGGAAGGCUGUGGUUAUUUGGCUUCAGCUCUGAGUUUAAACCCCUCACACCUGAGAGAGCUGGAUCUGAGCUACAAUCACCCAGGACCAUCAGGAGUCCAGCUGCUCAAACACAAACUGGAGGAUCCCAACUAUAAACUGCAGAUACUCAAUCUGGACCAUGGAGGACAUUUCAGGAUCAGACCAGGACUGAGAAAAUAUGCCUGUGAUCUCACACUGGAUCCAAACACAGCACACACUCAACUCAUCUUGUCUGAGAAGAACAAAAGAGCAACAUGCAAGAAAGAGCAUCAACAAUAUCCUGAUCAUCCAGAGAGAUUUGAGAACUGUGAGCAGGUUAUGUGCAGAGAGAGUCUGACUGGACGCUGUUACUGGGAGGUUGAAUGGAGCGGCUCAGGUCAUGUAGCAAUGACAUAUAAAAGAAUCUGCAGGAAAGGAGGAAGUAACUGUAGGUUUGGACGGAAUGAAAUGUCAUGGAGUCUUUAUUGUAGUGAUAACUUGUACACUUUUUGGUACAAUAAUAAGACAACUGACAUUCCUGCCCCUACUCCCCGCUCUAAUAGAGUAGGAGUGUAUCUGGACUGGUCUGCUGGGUCUCUGUCCUUCUACUGUGUCUAUGACACACACACACACACACACAUACACACAUUCAACACCACACUCACUGAACCCCUCUAUGCUGGAAUUGUAGUUUAUCCUGAUUGUUCAGUUUUUCUGUGUGAGAAUUAACAGCCUUCUGUGAGAAACCUCAGAGACUCAUAUGGAAGCACAUUUUAACCUCAGAGUCCUAAUCUUACAGUUGUAAUUUUCUCACAAUUUAAACUUGAAUGCCUAGCCUAGUUACAGUUGCAAGAAAAAAGCUACACUGAAAAAGAUUUAUGAACAAAAAAAACCCCAGUGAAAUGCAUGGCAGCAUAGGAUGCCACACGUUUACCAUUAAUGGAAACAACAGCCAAAGAGUCAAGACCAUAAACCAAAAUAACACAUUUCAAAUGUAAUAGGAAAAAUACACUCGGACCGUAAACUACAAUAACAUGCUCAAAUUGCAAAUGGUACGCAAUAUGAUAUCAAUGAGGAAAAAUUAUUUGUGAUGUUUUUCCAGCUUAAAAUU